AGCUCCAACCUCCAGGCUGGAAGAAGAGCAUCAUUACGCACCAAAGGGUCAUAGCCUCUGAGCACCCUGACUUCGUUUGACCUCGCCAUUCCACAACUCUGAAGUUUGGAAUAAAUAAACAGAAGAGAUCUACUAUGAGUCCUCUAAGAACCAAGUACUUUAACAAUGGAAGAUCAAGAAGUAAAGACAGCCAAUGGCUCCAUUUCUGAACAUGGCAAUGAGAGUUUUCAACAAGAUUCUGCAAACUCAAGUAUUGAUGAAACUCAGUCAUCCCUAAGUAGCCCCGGACCAGACCAAGGAGGUGUGAAAGGAUCCCUGCUGAAAACUAGUCCUGGGGUUGGAAGUAUCAAAUUCAGUCGCCUGAAUCUUUAUAGUGGAUCUGAUGCAAAAGCUCCUGGAAGUCCUGGUCAUGAUAGUUUAGAAAGUCGGAGGUCUGUUCGUGGAAGCGUAGGGUCAAGUAUAGAUGUUGAUGAUGUCCUCUGCGAUUCAUGCAUUGACGACAAAAAGAAAGCCGUUAAGUCCUGUCUGGUCUGCCAGACUUCUUUCUGUGAAAUUCACCUUAAACCCCAUCUGGAAGGAGCUGCCUUUCGAGACCAUAAGCUGCUGGAGCCCAUUAGGGACUUUGAAGCCAGAAAAUGCCCACUUCACAGCAAGACUAUGGAGCUGUUUUGUCAAACAGACCAGUCCUGCAUCUGCUACCUGUGCAUGUUCCAAGAACACAAGAAUCACAACACUGUGACGGUGGAGGCUGAGAAAUAUGUGAAAGAAACAGAACUGUCUGAAAUUCAGGAGCAGCUUCACCUCCAAUUACUUGAUGUGGAUGAUGAAGUAGACAGAUGGCACAAGGAAAAAGAUCGUAUCAGGAAUUUUACAACCAACCAAAAGUCUGCUGUUGACCAUAACUACAAGGAUCUGAUUCGGGAGCUUCAGAAACAACAGGAAGAAGUGAAAGCGCAUCUAGAACAAAAGGAGAGAAUUGCCUGCGAGCUAAUUGAGCAAAUUAUAAGUGACUUACAAGUAAAAAGAGACCAACUCCAGGACAGACAACAUGAUGGAGAUAAGCUGUUACAUACUACCGAUGCUGUACUUUUCCUACAAGAGUUCCAAAUGGUUAUUCGAAAUGCUCCUCCAAUACCCCCACUGCCUACUUAUACAGUGACCUUGGAGGCAGAAAGGCUUACCCAAGCUAUGGGUGCUUUAAGAGAAGAACUGCUAAACUCCGGCAGAAAGAAUGUGGACAAAUACUGCAAAAUGGAAUCUAACCGAAAUUUGGUUGAAAAGAACGCAGAGAACAGAUACAUGAUGAAGGACCUUGCGAGUGAGUGGGCUCCCCCCAACGAUUCUUUUGGAAGAUUUAGCUCUUUAUUUAAUGUCAAAGGUGGUCGGCAAUCCUACCAGCCCUCACCCGUGCGGUCUCUAAACGAUCCUACUACAGGCUUAAACAGCAUCUUUGCAAACAAAGGAUCCUACAGGAUGUUCGACCAUUCUCCCCUUACGCACCAAGAGGACACUCCCAGCUACUCAGCCGCAACCUUUUCUCAGAAAGGCACCAACCAAGUACCUUCCUACCAGUUUUCAUCCACUGCAACGACCACAGAGUCCACCACUCAGCAAGACAACAACCUCUAUAACAUGAAUGUGUACCCAAUGAUGACGAGACACCAGCCAGCAAAAGCUCUGCCACAGACCUGGAAAUCAUCCAAGCAAAGUCUGCUGACCCAGCAACGCCCUUUCUAUGUGAAUAAAGGAAACGCUUCAAACACUGAAUCUCCAUAAAUCCCUGAGACCAUAGAAGCCUAAGAAGCCGUUCUUUAACUUACCAAAAGCUGUUUGUCAGUAGAGGGAGGGUGGGGUGUUCUGUGUAAUUCUUUCACUGCUAUUGCAGUGAAUGUGUUGUGACUAGAUUUGGCUGGGAGGGAAAAAAAAAACAGGAUUUACUCUUGCCAGCGGCAAAAAAAUCAUGUGUUGGGAUUCCUGGGUGGGUCAAGGCUUGGAUGAGUCUCUAGUAGAAAAUCUCAGCUUAACCCUUUACUGGCAAUAUAGAAAGCAUUACAUCAUUUGUUACUGAAUAUUAUAGGGACUGAAGUUUAUGCUGUCAAGGGGGCUAAGCUAAUUAACAUGGUUUUAUACAUUGUUAUUGUUUUAGAUUCAUUGAAGUUAUAUUUUUUUUAGUUGCAUUUUACAGUUGCAGAGGUAUUUUUAUUUGAAAGAUUUUUUUUUCUUGCUUGACCUCAACUAUCUAAGGAAAUAAAAAGAUUAUCUAUCACUUCCUAUCCCCUUUAUUCUACUUGUUUCCCCUCUAAAUACACAUCUUACAAGCUGCACAGCACCCUCUCGGUUUAUCUGCUCUACCCAUUAAACAGCAAUGUAAACUCUGCAGGCAGCACAGGAACCUUUUUGCACAGUAGCCUUCUAGUGUAAUCUUCACAGCUAACAAGAUAUUCCCUUCUGCCUUUUUUCCUCCAGAUGCUUUGUGAAAUUCUAAAAUCAAUUUUAGCUAAUGCAAGAUUUAUCUCCUGUACCCUUGAAUGAAAUAAGCUUUGGUAUUUUGCCUCACCACAUGGAUUCUGUUGCCUUGGGCUAUUAUACAGCAUGGUGUCAAUAUCAUUUUAUUCAAUCUGUUCUAGGAAUAUUGAUGCCAUAUUAAAAUUGGUCAUUGGGAAUGAUGAGAUUUUUGUGAUGUCUCAUUGAAAGGCUUAUUUUUUCUUCUAUGAAAUUCAUGCACUCCGGGAGCCAAGUCUUCAAGCGGGCAACCUGUCCAGGCAGACAUUGUUGUAAAAGGCUAAAAUGUGCUCCUGGCCAUGCAGGAUAAAAGGGUUUUGUUCUUAAACCACAUUAGCUCAGUCAUAUGUCCCAUCAUAGUCCUUCAGGAAUAUCUUGGUAGACACCUGGAAAUUAUUUUUUUCCCUUAAGGCAUAUUGUCUACAAUUUCACCGGAAAACGUAAUAUGGAAGAAAAAAAAACUCAUAUUCUUCCUGCUGUAACCUGCCCCAUUUGCCCUCACUUGAUAUAGACCUUACUACUUUUAAUGUAGAAAAUCUGUCACCAGCAUUUCCAGACAUCAUCUUGAGUCAUCACUCUGUAUCUGUAUUAUAUUAUUUCAACAACGUAAAUGUGAUACUACUGUACUAUUAAGUUUUCCUUCCUGCCCAACUACAGAGCUAUAUCCCUCUAUAUAUCCAUCAAUCUUGGUAGAAAAAGUUGUAAAAAUGGCUUCUACAGUAAAAAAACAAAACAAAAAAAAA